AUGCAUCCUUCGACAGUUGUAGUCCGCUCGCGACGGAAGGGCAUGCUGGUCAAUCGCUUUCCGGCCCUAUGCUCGGAGCCAAACGGCAAGGUGGUAGCCAAUAGGUUCGGGCGUGCACAAGCUUGGGAGAUGUGGACGCUGGAGUGCAUCGGAGACAAGGUUGCCCUUCGUUCUCAUCAUGGCAAGUAUCUCACGGCCAAGAAGGAUGGAUCUGUUGUAGCAACGCAAAGUAAAGCCAGGAGCUGGGAAAAGUGGACCAUGGAGAAUGCCCCAGGCUCCGACGGUUACAUCAUCACUUUCAAGUCCUGCCACGGCAAGUACCUCUGUGCCGAUGAUGGACACUUCCUCAACGUUGGGGUUGGGAACGUCGUGCGCGCUGAUCGGGAUGCACGUGGCGAGUGGGAGCAGUGGACGCUCAGCACGCCUGAUGACGUUCCAUUGGUCCGAACGGACAUCAUUUCUGCCGUUGGUGCCGCAGGGUGUGCUGGGGCACUGGGGACAGCAGGUGCUCUUGCGUUGACCCCGGCCGUUGCUGGUGCACUUGGAUUCACAGCUCAAGGAAUCACGGCAGGGAGUGCAGCCGCCGGUAUGAUGUCGGCCGCCGCGCUGGCAGAAGGAGGCGGUGUCGCCGCAGGGAGUACAGUCGCGACCCUUCAAGCCGUUGGAGCCACAGGUGCGGGCGCCCUUGCCGGCACGGCAUUGGCUGGGACCAUCUGCGCCGCGGCUAUCCCAGUGGCCAGCACUGUGGGGCUGGUUGUCUGGGGCGGUGUCGUCGCCACCCGUAGCUUUCUAGACAACCCCCUCAAGAAAAAACCGCCACCCGGCAAGUGGCUACUUGGAACAGAGGAGGGGGUAAACAAUGUGCUGUUCUAUGAGUUCCAGGAUGAGCCAGCCGCCGUACGUGCCUUCGAUGACGUGAAAACAGCACGGGUGCUUUUCAACCGGAAGCACGAGGAGGUGCGAUCGGGAGGCUGGAACGGAGAAUCGGUCAAAACCAUCCGAAACGUUGCCAAAGGCCACUGA